AUGUCCAAAGAAAUUAAAGGUUACCUUAAAGCUGCUAGAGAAGCUAUCCGUCUUAGCGAAUAUAAAGAUGUACUCAAGAAUUGCAAGGCCGUAUUAAAAUUGGAUAAAUCCAAUUAUAAUGCAUUGGUAUUUAUUGGUAAAGCUGCAACUGAAAUGCAACAGUUCGAUCAAGCUGAAGCUGCCUAUCGGCGGGCUACGCAAUCUUCACCAGAUUUAAUGCUUGCUUGGCAGGGCUUAGUUGAGUUAUUUGAGAAGAACGACGAACAUACAAAGAAAAUUGAGCUAGUAGAAAUCUACGAUAAAUUAUUGCAGCUCAUAAAAGAUGGGCAAGGUGAUAAUAAUAAAAUUCAAGAUAUUGGUAUAAAGCUGGCGAAACUGUGUGAAAACGUUGGUCAAAUCGACAAAGCUGUUGCUACUUGGGUCAUUAUUGCAGAAUCCUCCGAUUCUCAAGACUGCAAGACUGAUUCUUUAAAAGCUGUCAUCUCAUUAGUAGAAAACAAAAAACCGGCAACUGAUGCAAACCGAAAGCAAUUACUGAAAUAUUACGAAGAAUAUCUAAAUCAAGAACUAGAUGACAAAAAUCGUAUGAUAAUGUAUCAAAAAUACAUUAAUUUGCUUUGCCAUGAGUUAAAGAUGUCGACGGUGGAGGAAGAGUUGCUGACCACUAUCGAAAGUGAAUGUUUGAAAUUCUCUGCCAAGUUUACCAAUUCGCCUUUCCCAUUAGAAAUUUUAGCACAACUCUAUUUACGUGAUACCAAUGAAUUUGAAAUAAAUACCAAGUCACGCCUAUUCAUGGGACUGGCUCACAUCCAUCCUACAUCAAAGUUUGCUUAUUGUGGCUUAGCCAAAAUACUAAUGUCAAUGAGAAAGUAUAUGAAGGCAAAACACUUAUUACGUAGAGAUUUGGAAAUUAAAGCUUCAUUCGAAGGAUGGUAUUUACUUGCUAAAGCCUACUUCCGUUUACACCAAUACUCCGAUAUGCAAAGUGCACUUAGAAAUGCCAGUGAUUGUAUAGAAAAGCACCUUUCUGCGUGCUGCGUUAAGGAUAGUUUGAAAGUGCAAUUACAGAUAUUAAAUGCCCAGGCUUUAUGGGGAAUCGGUAAUAAAUCAUCCCUGCUAUCAGCAGCAGAUAUUCUAGCCAGCUUAUAUGAUCGCCUAUCGCACGAUAUUGUAUAUCUCAUUGAAUAUUCAAAAAUUAAAAUGGAUUUAGGAGAAAUUGAUACAGCUACUAAAUUAUGUUCGCAAGCCUCUGAGAUUGAUGAUACUCAUACUGGCGUCAUAGUUAAUCAAGCAUGGAUUCACUUCCUUAUAAAAGAAUUUGAUGAAGCCGAAAGGAAAAUAUUAAUAGCUAUUCAGGGUACUGAUGAUAUCGAACGUCUUGGCGAAUUAUAUUAUAAAUAUGGCAGAAUAUUAUGGGAUAGCAAGGAAGAAAACAGAAUUGACAAAUCAAAAUGCCUAGCUAUGUUUUUAAAAGCUGCAAAGAUCGAUCCAUUCCACUCCAAUACAUUUCAUUAUCUUGGUUUAUAUUAUAAAUCGAUUGCUAAAGAUAUACAUCGUGCGCGCAAGUGCUUUGAAAAGGCUUAUGACCUGGAUAAGAAUCAUGAUGAAGCAGCGAUGAUGUUAGCUGAUACUUGCACAAUCACUGGUGACAAUGAAGCCGCAGUAAAAAUAUACAAAAGUGUAACCGAAUGGCGACCUAUUCUGAGUUGCAAGUGGGCAUGGCUUCGCUUAGGCUUAUAUCAAAUGGACCAUAUGGAUAUUAUAGAAGCAUGUAUCAGCUUUCAGAAUGCUAUUCGCGCUGAUCCUGUUGAUCCUUGGAGUUGGGAAUGUCUUGGUGACGCUUACAAAGAAAGGGGUAGUUAUACAGCAGCUAUUAAGGCAUACGCACGCUGUGUGCAACUCGCUGGAGAAGAGGACACCAAAGUCAUUUAUCCUUUGUUUCAAGUAGCAUCCAUUAAGCAUCUGCUGGGUUUAUUGGAUGAAGCCAUUGCUGACUAUAAAAAAAUCUUAGAAUUCCAUGCUGACUAUGUACCAGUACUAAUAGGAAUUGCAAAAUCACUAUUCGCCAAGGCCAUGGAUUGUACUGGAUAUAACCUAUUAGAUCGUAUGAUGGUCUACGUUCAACAAUCUCUAACCUACUUGGGAAAAACUGCAAGCCUGAAUACUAAUUUGCUAUCAUUAUGGAAAGUGGCUGGCGAUUGCUGCACUAUAGUUUUUGUUGCAAAUAAAGAAUCGAUUAGGUUAUCAAUACCUCCGAGUAUCAUUCCACCAGACUUACAGUCACGUCCUUAUCUUGAUAAAUCGCAAAUUUUGAAAGCUGGCGCCAGAUAUUAUGCUGCUGCACUUCGUUUAGACCCAAAUUCAGCUUCAUUAUGGUACGAUCUUGGUGUUAAUUAUUUACGACAAGCUGAGUGCUCAGAUAAUAUUGACCGAAGAGCAUUACUGAAUGCUCUCGAGAGUUUGAAAAAUUCUAUACGACUAAAUUCGAAAGAUCCUGAAUCUUGGUCUGCACUAGGGGUAACAGCUUGCAAGCUUAAUAAUCCAGCUUUGGCCCAGCAUGCAUUUAUAAAGUCGCUUUUACUCUCAACGCAAAAUUCGUUAUCCUGGACUAAUUUGGGAAUACUUUAUCUUCAGUAUGGAAAUAUUGAACUAGCACAUGAAGCUUUCAAAAGAUCGCAGAGUGCAGAUCCAUACUAUAUUGAGGCAUGGAUCGGGCAGAUAUUACGUGAAAUUCUCUUAAUAUUAAACUAUACACAGAUUGAAGGCUGUCUUGGGUAUGCUAGCUGGGUCUGCCAGACGAUAGUAACACCCGACAAAAAAUUACCGAAUUAUUCCCAAUACAGAAACCCUAUAAAACAAGCCACCGACGGAUUAGUUUUAUAUACAGACCGUAUACGUAACAAUCCAUGCGCAUAUAACCUCUUGGGCAUUCUAUAUGAACAGCAGUCAUUAUAUUCGUCAGCAAUCGAAUCAUACAGCAGGUCACUAAAGUUGCUCAAAGAUAAUACAACUGAGAAAGUAAUGGUCCUUAGGAACUACUGCAGAGUACUUCGCUCAGCGGGAAAAUUUAAGGAAUCUAUCGACAUCUACAAUACUUUAUCGGCCAAAGACCUUACUUUUGAUGAUAAAACUGGACUUUCUUUAAAUCUAUUCUUCAGCGGUCGAUUCAAAGAAAGUUACGCCGUACUUGAGGAGGCAAUAAAGAUGAAUAUAACCUCUGAAGAAGCAUCGCAUGGUAAAGUCUUAAAAGCGAUAAUAGCUUAUGCAGCUGGCGAUGCAAAGCAUGCAAAAGUUCUGCUCCUUCAGGUUUCACAAAUGCAGCCAGCAAAUCGACAUGGGUUGUUAGCUCUUGCGUAUUUGGCUAUCCUAUUAGGAGAUGGAACUUUAUUAACGGCUGUUUUAGCAGAAUUGAUGAAAAUUAGUUUUAAGAAUGAACAAUUCAUUAGCAGAUAUAGUCUUCUUUUCUCAGCAUUUUAUAAGUUACAAAACGAUAACGUAAAGGCUCGAAAUUUUAUUUGUAAAAUGAUUCACGAAAAGCCUGAGUACGCUGUGCUUUGGCGGCAAUUGGGUAACCACAUUAUCGCAAGCUCACCAGAAAAAUCAUCCCUUGCUUGCAAAUGUGCUAGAACUUCACGCAUUUUAAAUAUUAUAUCUAGCCCGAGUUCAUUGGCUUUAGAAGCGACUGGUCUGCUAACCUGUAAAAUCGGUAGCAACGAUAAAACUAGAUUUACUAGUAAUGUUCACAAAUUGCCAAUUAGAGUAGCGUCCAAGGUGGUGUUUCUUAAACCAGACAAUCCCUAUAAUUGGGCAGUACUAGGAACUGCAAUUGCUGCUCAUAAUCGGUAUAGUGUUGCAAGUAACACAAUGAAGAAGGAAUAUCUUAACAAUUUGAAUUUGAAAGUCUGGGCAUUUACUAAUCGAGCUGCUGAGUUAAAGAAGCAGGUAGUCCCGAAAGAGUUGAAAUAUCACGUACCAAAACUACACUCUGCAUGUAUAGCUUCCUUGCAUCGAUUACAAGUUUGGCUAACCUUGGCGAAAAUUCGAUCGUUGGUUUUCAGUAGUAAAGUAGAAGAGGCUAAAGAAUUCUACCUAAAGGCGAAAAAUGAUUUCCCCGAGCAAGCUUCUGAAAUAGAAUUCUUACUGAAUAAAUCCCUAAUAAUGACUACGAAGAAAAAUUCAGCUGUAGAUUUAUCACCUCUCAAGUUACUUAAUGUCGAUAUGAAGCCUCAUUUCUGGAAAGAAAUGGCCGAAUUGUAUACACAUCUCGGAAUGAUGAAAGCAGCUGAAUAUUGUUACCGUCGGUAUUUGAAAAUGGCCGAUAAAAAAACUACUCAAAUAGAGGCAUUAUUUUGCUUAGCCCAUUUAGCUCUCCGAGCUAUAAACUACCAGGAUCAAGAAUCACAUCGGUGGCUAGCUCUUGGGCAAGAGGCGAUUAGUGAAAUAAUGAAGCAAUAUUCCAACAAUAGUUUAUCACAGUUAUUUGCAAGCUUAUUUAGUCACCAUGAUAAAAACCUAAAAAAUGCAUAUCGAUUUAGUAAACAAUUAUUAGCGCAAGAAAAUUGCAUGUCUAUCGAUAUUUCACGUGACAGUAAUUUAUCCCAUUGUUCUUUAGUAAGUGAUAUACCUAAAAUAUUAGCAAGCAUUGCCAUCCUUAGAUGUAGCUACGAUAUUGCACAUAUCGUCAACCAUAAUUCAUGCAAAAUACAGCACUUUGAGGAUUCAGUUCUAUUUAAUACCUUUUUUGGAUGGUUUUAA